AUGUCGUCGUCCGAUGCCACUCCACCACCACCACCACCAGUUCAUCAACCAUUGACACCGCACAAACAUUGCAACACUCGUGAUCGUCUUUUUGGAGAUGCCGCUCCGGCGAAGGUCGCCACUCCAAAGCGGGUAACUCCAACGUACAAAUCUCAAAUUUUUGACGAGGUGCCACCGUCGCCACAAAAGACGCCGAAGAGAACGAUUCCAGUGAUUUCUCGCAACCCAGUUACUGGCGAGGUCAAAACGGCUCCACAACCUCAACAGCAAAUCACCGCCUAA